UCCCACUGUCUGCUCUACACAGGUGCUCUCGAGUUGUCGGACAGUUUGUCCAACGUUUCGUUCGUGUCGUGACCAUCUUCCGUAAAUAAAUGCGACAAAAUGCGACCGCAAAUAAUCGCGAUUUUCGCUUUGGUGCUUGCGACACAGUGCGACUCCGGAAACAACUUCAGAAAUGGGUAUCAAUUGGAUUAUCGGGAGAUAGCAAGACAGAACAAAAUAACCGAACAAAUCUUGCAAAACUACUUGGAAAAACGCUUGUUUCCGAAUAAUCAUCGUCCUUUGAAAGCGCCCACCGUUUGGGAUAUUUUACCAAGAGCGAGGAGGAAACCCAAUAAUAAUAUACAGGAUGUUCUCAACACUACUGAUGAAACCCUAGAAAAUGGGGAAUCGGAACGUGUUACUUUUUACAACGACGACACCAAAGAUGAGGACGAUUUUGAAGAUUGUCCCAAUUGCAUCGAUGAUUCGUUGCCUUCGGCCAAUCGGUGGACGAUGCCUUUGCUUAAACUCGGGGAGAAGAGGUACUAUCUAGGAAUUUUCUUUAAGGCAAACUACUUUCGAGCCACUCAGUAUUGCAGAUUUCAUGGAAUGCAUCUCGCCAGUAUAACAUCACAGGAAGAAAAUGACAAGUUAGAGAAAUAUAUCAAAGAUUUUGGUCUGGGUCAUGAGCAUUUCUGGACUUCUGGCACCGAUUUGGCCGAAGAAGGCCACUUUUUCUGGAUGUCAACCGGUCGUCCCAUCACCUUCACUAACUGGAACGCUGGUGAACCCAACAAUUUCCAGUACGAAAACGGAGAAGAGGAAAACUGUCUGGAAUUGUGGAAUCGAGACGGCAAAGGCCUGAAAUGGAAUGACUCUCCAUGUUCGUUCGAAACGUAUUUCGUGUGUGAAGUGCAACAUUGAAAGUGAUUUUUUAAUAGUGAUUUAAAUAAAAUCAAAGCCUGGGACUAUGAGAGAGACAGACGGGCUUGGACUGAAGUUGCAAGUGCGACUAGAAGUUAGAUAUUUAAUUUUUUACCGAUUGAUUUUAUUAGAGUUCGUAACCUAAGUCAUAAUUUUGCAAUGAUUGAUUGAUUGUUGUACAAAGUCGAAUAAAAAUAUAUUUAAUAAAAA